AUGAAUUCCAACAAUAAUUAAAACAAUGACAGUUCGAGUGAGGAUGAUCUUUAAGUGUACGAGACACUCACCAAACUGGCACCCCCGAAUGAACUAUUGCCUCGUAAAUUGACAAUUGACAUAGAUGUUAAAUCCUUAUAUCCUCUCAAACCGCUCCCUCAAUUUUGCAAAACCUAUACAACCUUUUUUGAGGAGUCCCUGUAACGAGAAUGUUCGAUUCCUGACAUUUAGGUGACUGAUGAGAAUAGGACACUCCUAGAUUAUUACGAAGAAAAUAAACAGAACUUAGUAUACAAACGAUUCGACCAGUUGGAUUUAGGCAAAAGGACUUCAAAUGACCGAACAUAUUUUGCUAGUCUCAUAGCCAAUUUUAAGAGAACAUAACCAAGAGUCUUUUUCAGAGGAGAAGCACUUUUUGAUUAAAAAUUAACACCUUGUCCUUCUGAUUAAAUAUAAUUUGAUUCCAAUUUUGAAUCAGGCAAUCUUUUCUGCGCAUUCAAAAAAGCAUAAAAUGUUUAUGAUCUCAUAAUUCAAAAUGACAUCAACACCAGAGGCAACACAUAAUGGUUUUUUUUUAGCGUAACUGGAGCCAAAGCAGGUUAAACCAUUUAGUUUAACAUCCUCAAUCAUCUCAAAACUGGGAGUCUUUUCAAUGAAGGCCUACAACCAGCUGUCUAUUCCGUAAAAGAGAAUCAAUUAAUAGGCACUGAAUGGUGUAGAGAUGGAUUUAACAUAAGCUAUUUCAAAAGCGUAUUCAUGAAAGAGUAUCCUCUCUCUUUAAAGAAGAAAUAUUAUCAAUUAAGAUUUCAUUACACAUUUAAACAUGAAGGAGACAAGGUUUACUUUGCUCACUCCUACCCUUAUACUUAUACAAAUCUAUUGGAGUUUCUGAAUACCCAAUUGGAAGAUCAAGAACGAAACUAAUACUUAUCUCGAAAAGUAUUGUGUACAACUCUUGGUGGAAACACAUGUGAAGUCCUAACUAUCACUUCUAAUUCGUUGUAGAAGAGGGCUUUUAGAAAGGGAGUAGUGUUUUUAGCCAGAUAACAUCCUGGCGAGCCUCAAGCAUCCUAUGUUAUGCAAGGCAUUAUAGACUUUCUGACAUCGAAUAAUCCAUAAGCAGACUAUUUAAGAUAGAAUUGCAUUUUUAAAAUCUUCCCUAUGAUGAAUACUGAUGGGGUAGUCAAUGGAAAUUACAGGUGUGGUCUUGAAGGAGGUGAUCUUAAUAGAAGAUGGAAGAAGCCCAACAAAUAUUUACAUCCAAGUGUGUAUUAUGCGAAGAAAUAUGUAAAGGGAUUUAGCAAGGAAAGGCAAAUAUUGUUGGUAGUUGAUUUGCAUGGUCAUUCAAGAAAACAAUCAUCAUUUGUAUAUGGUUGCGCUUACUCAUCCUAAGUAAAGACUAUUGAAAGAGUAUUUGCACUUUUGAUGUCCAAGGUAAAUCCAUUCAUGGAUUAUUCCUCUUGCACUUUCAGGGUUGAGAGUGCAAAGGAUAAAACUGCCAGGAUUCAAAUUUGGAGAGAACUCAAAAUCAACUGGGUCUAUACUUAUGAAUGUAGUUUCUAUGGUCAACAGAAGAAGCAUUAUUAGAUAAAGGAUUACUUGAAUUGUGGAGUCAGUAUAUGCAAUGCCUUGUCUCAAAUAGUCAAGGACACUACGAAGGAAUUCACUAAUUAGUCUAAUUAACCGGAUAUUUAGCAAUAGAUGUUGGAAGAAUUGGGCAAGAUGCCUCAGACUGAUGACUAAGAUAUAGGAUCAGAUUCAAGUCAAUCUGAGGCAGAAUUAUCAGAUGAUGAGUUGGUUUAAUUGUUCCAACCCAAGACCUAUUCAAUCAAACAGAAAAAACCUUUUAAAAUAAUAGGAAACAAAUAAUAAAAAAAAACCAUAAUAACCGAAUAGUAAUUUAAAAUCAACAAUAGCUUCACAAAAAGCAUCGAUCUUGUAGGAGUCCCCCUCCAAAAAUUCAGAAUAAAAACCGCCUAUGAGUAGCCAAAAGCCGAAGAAUCCUUUAUAUCGAAUCCAAGCUCCAUUGAGAAGACACCCCUAAUGGUUGACAAAUCGGUUUAGACUGACGAUUGGAUGUAUCGUUAGUGGCUGAUUCAGAUGGGAAAGCUAAAGAAACAGCAAGAGUUCCAGAGUUUUACACCAACUCGAAAUAUUUACAAGUCAUCAUCUCAAUCAGUGACUAGAUUUGUUGUCAAGAAUUCCACGAUGAAGAAUGAUCGAGGCCGAGUCGACUCCAUUUCCCUUAUGGCAUCCGGUUUGCAAAAUAAACUAAGUAAAAUGUAGUUAACAAAUAAGUUUCUUCCAGUCAAUAGCGCUAAAUGA